AUGGAUCCUCCGAUCUCGGUCCCCACCGCCCCAGAGAUCAAUCAGGCCCCGGGGUCCGACAAUACACCCCUGACUCCUUCAGAGACCUCAAUUCCCACCGUCCAAUCCUUGGACGACUCCGUCCCAUCCGUCGUCGUCGAACAGCCAGAGAUGCCCUCUGAGUCACAACCUCGGGCGCCCACUCCGCCCCCCACCGAGCCCGUUGGCCCAGCCGAGGAGGUCGAACAUGCCUAUUGGGCGGAGUUUGAGGAAGAUACCUCGACCCCUGAUGCGGAGGAAAUGAAGGAGAUCAAUACUUCGGAUCAAGACUACAGUGCCUGUGACCAUACGUACUGGGAGAGCAACUUCUUCCGCAACUUGGACGACCCCGAAUAUGUGCCCCAGGAAAAGGCUCGGCUGACAUGGAAGUUCAAGGGUGUUCGAGGCACUCCCGAUGCUCCCAACCGCGCCAAGGUUAUGCGGUCUCCCGCAGCCUACGUGGGCGGCUACUGGUGGAGAAUCAAGUUCUACCCGCGUGGAAACAAUGUCGGCUCCCUGAGUAUCUACGUGGAAUGUUCGCCAACCAUGCCCUCUCCCGACGAGGCGCUUCCCGAGACCGAAUUCACCGUUCGUCGAGGCCCGGCAGAUGCGAAACUCGACGCAGCGUCCCCCGACGUAGAUGUGAAGACCCCCGCAACUCAGGAGCCAACCGCCUGGUUGGAUGACUACAAGACCAAGUAUACGACAAUCCCUUCGUCCGCUACGCUGGAGACCCCCGAGGAAGAAUCGUCCGGCCCUUGGCGAGUGGCUGCACAGAUUGGUGUGAUCGUAUAUAACCCCGAAGAGCCGCGGACCGGAUGGAUGCAAUCCUCCUGCCACCAGUUCAAUCCCCACAAUUUGGACUGGGGCUGGACCUACUUCCACGGUCCGUGGGACCAGAUCCACACCCGUCGGCGUGGUCAGCACCGGGCUCUGUUGAACAACGACACGCUUGCGUUCGAUGCGUAUAUCCGGGUGGUCGACGACCCGACCCAGUCCCUCUGGUGGCAUCCCAGCGACUCCGAGCCCACGUGGGACAGUCUCGCCCUGACCGGCUACCGUCCGCUGGGCGAUUCGGUCAUCAAUCACAGUGCCGAGGUGGCGGGUCUAGCAUCAUGGCUGCACGUUGCGCCCUUCUGCAAAAUCAUCCAGAGUGUCGACGUGCUCGAACAUCUGACCAAUUGUGAUGUCAAGCCCAAGCCUCUGUGCGAUGCCUUACAGAAGCUCUUGUGGCAGCUGCGCCGUCGGACCCAACCUCUCCAGUACGUGGACACCGAUGCCAUCACCUCGACUCUGCGUCACCUGCGUGAGUUUUCGAGCGAUGUCUCUGAGUUUUGGGAACGCCUGCGCCGUACCCUGGAGUUGGAGCUUGCCGGCACUGAAGCGGGUCUGGAAUUUGCCAAGCUAUUUGAUAGCCCAGCGCCAGCCUCACUGCCCGAGAUGAAGGAGCCCAUCGUGGUCAAUGCCUUGCCAACGCAGUACAAUUCCCGAAUCUGCGUUCGCGCCGACUCGGUACGGUCCACGGGUCAGGCCUUGAGGGAAUACCUAGAGGCCAAGCCCGGCCGGUGGUCUCUUCCUCCCAUGCUUCACAUCGAACUUGGCCGUCAUACUUUGGACAAGUCGAUGCGUUGGCAACUGGCUUUCAACAGGGUCGAACUGGACGAGGAAUUGGAUUUGGCUCCCUUCGUGGUUGAUGGCCAGGGCUCCAAGUACGUCCUCUACGGCUACGUGGUUCACCGUGGUCGCCGAACCUCCGGCAAGUUCUUCAGCAUUCUUCGUCCAGCGGGUCCUGGAACGAAAUGGCUCGCAUUCGACGAUGGCAGCGACAAUCGUGUGGAGUGCCUGACUCAGAAGACCGCAAUGGGCCCUCAUCUCGGACUCAAGCCUUCCGAGACCGUGGACCACAAGAAGGGCCACGACGUUCCUGUCAAUGUGAUGUACGUCCGCAGUGACAUGGUUUCGGAGUUGCUCCCCGGUCCUCAGGGGCCCUGGGAUGUACCCGAGCCAGUCAAGCAAUACUACGAGACUGGGGUGUACCAGACCGCCGACGCCACGGCGAAGACGGAUGUCCAGGUUGAAGUGUACUCGAUGUCCGAGUACGAAAAUCUGAACAGCCUGUUUGAUAGUUACGACCUGAUGAUGCACGCUAAAGCAUCUAACGGUGUCAUGUAUAUGACACUGCCUCGCUCCUCUCGUCUGGCUGAGCUGCGGAAGAAGAUUUCCAUGUGGAAGUCUGCUUCAGGAGACACGAUUGGGCCCGAACGUGUUCGUCUUUGGCAUAUUGGACAUACUCGGCCUCAGUCCGGCUCCACGUUGGCAUUUGAUCUGAUCACCGAUCUCAACGUCCCGCUGGAUUCGUCGGGUGGUACUUUGCGAUUCUGGAUGGAGACUAUCUCAGAGGAUGAUGCCAAAUUCUUCGCCAUCCCCGAUCCCCAGUCCACGACGACCACUGAGGACAAGAUGGAAGAGUCGAUCAUUGAGCGGUCGGGUUUGGACACUCCAGAGCCGAUACCCUCCCCGGCUGAUGGAGACGCUGUCGCCAGCUCCUCUGGAUACCUUGGCGCUGGGGUCUCCACGAGUCGCAUCGAACUGUCCAGCGCUAGUGAAAAUAGCACUGGGCUACAAGCAGCCAUUGCAGCUCUCGAGACCGAUGCCGCUACUACGGUCGGGAACGCUCCCGCCGUGGGAGAGACCAGCGCAGCAGAUCAGCGAACAUCAGCCCCUGCAGACCUGUCUGGAUCCAGCUCACAAGUCUUAGCCGAGUCGUCCGUGGAGCCCGCGGUGGCUCUGCCCGUUGGGCACGCGUACUACUUCAUCCAAUUCUUUGAUCCGGACAACCAGGUCCUUCGUACGGUGGGCUCCUUCUUCUCAAAGCUCGAGUCAAAUGUCAAGGCCUCGAUUCGCAAGCAUAUGAAGUGGCCCAUUCGCCGGGACUUCCUUAUGUGGAAGCGAGUCGAUGGAACCACCGUGACAAGCGUAUCUCCGGCGGAGAACUUCAUGGAUGUUGUGGUCCCCCACGGAUCCUGCAUCAUUAUCGGAGACAAGCUCAGCAAGGAUAAGCGCUCUGAGCUUGGCGUCUCUGGUCUAUUCUCCAGCCCUGAUCGUCUCAUCCAAUACCUGUGGGCAGAGUCCCGACAACACCCCAUUCAAGGAUUCACUGGUACCCAGACUGUCGAAGCCACUUUCACCAGUGACUUCUACAGCGGUGAUUUCCUGAAGGGUUACUAUCACGGUCGUGGCAAGCACUUUUCCGGCACGGGCACAGUCUACGAAGGAGACUUCAUCUUCGGCCGCCGCCACGGCCAAGGGAAGAUGGAGUAUCCCACCGGCGACACCUAUGACGGUGACUGGAUCGAAGAUGUCCGCCACGGUCAGGGUACUUAUAUUGAGAAGAAGACGGGCAACAAAUACGUCGGCGGUUACAAGGAUGGUAAACGCCACGGCAAGGGCAUCAGCUACUGGGAAGUCGCCGAUGAAGAAGCGGAUCUCUGCCAGAUCUGUUACUCCGAGGAACAGAACGCCGUCUUCUGCGACUGUGGGCACGUCUGCUCUUGCGUGACUUGUGCCAAGCAGGUCGAUCUUUGCCCGAUCUGCCGCAAGACUAUCAAGAGUGUGAUUAAGAUUUAUCGGACGUAG